AUGGUGAAAACUCAACAGAGCUUCGAUACCUCAACUCUGAAUGAUCUUUACAAUCUGCUAAGAACUCAUGAGCCAGAGGUUAUCGAAAGGACUGAAGAAUCAAAGAUAGGCUUAGGAGGACGAAUUACCUUAGUUUCGAAAGUAUCGGAGAAAGAAGCUACUGAAAAUGAGAGAACUGAUGAUGAAGGCUUGAUCGUUAACUCAUAUGACAAAGCCAUUGAUUUUUACUCCAACAACAAAAAAAAGUUCGAGAAGAAAGAAUCAAAGAUUGAAGAUUCAAAAGUUGAAAAGAAGCUCAAAGGUGACUCAGGUGUCCACUGUCACUAUUGUCAUGCUGCAAAUCGUAUGGAAAAAGCUUUGUCAUUAGUGGCAAGAGAAGAAGGUGAGGACAAAGGAACAUAUAAAAUUUGGUCUUCCAACUCCGAUGACGAAGAGAUGCAUAAUCCUAUGCAUGGGGCAAUGUAUGCUAAGUUUGAGGAAGAUGAGGAAGAAGAGGUGAUUGGUUGUUGUUUAAUGACCAAGAAUGGAUACAAAUCACCACGCCAACGAAGUGAAACAAGUGAAAUUAAGGAGGAAGAAUCUGUUGAUUGUUCUCAGUUGUCUGUCAACAAGACUGACACUGGCCAAGCCUCAACUUCGAAAGUUUGUGAUGAUGAAUAUGUAAGUCUCAAAGAUAGUCAAAUUGACAACAAUGAUGAUGAAGAGGACAUAGACGAAAUUUUGAAAGAAAAUGAAAUACCAAGAGUUGGUGUAGAUCAGGUGUACGGUGAAACUGAACAUUUAGACAAAGUGAUGAUAGAAAAAGGCGCCCAUUACAUAGAAACACAUUUAGUUGUGUAUCCAAAUUUCAAGUGUUCCGAUGAUGUUAUCUUUCGAAAUCAAAUGUUUAUUACAACUGAGAAUGUUGAUCAGAUCAAACUUGAGUUUAACAAAAUGGUAGAAGAUGAUAAUAAGAAAACAUCGAAUGAAGGGUUCUUUUCUAAUCAAAGCAUUGUCGAAAACAAUCUUACCAAGAAUUCAUACACAUUUCAAAGACAAAAACCACAAAGAAAAUGGGUUGCAAAAACAGAAAUUUCAAAGAAACAAGUUGAUGUUGAAAUUAAGUAUUUGAACGAAACGUCGAAUGUUAUUUCAUUGUCAAAAGAUUCGAUAUCUUCAGUCAAGGCAUGGCAUUCAGUUUCGAAAGAAAAGACUUCAAGGUCACAAACUGAGAAGCAAAAUGUGAAACUCAGUGAAAGUCCUAAAGUUUCAGAAUUAUAUAUUUCUAAGCCAUUACAAAAUGAAGUGGAAUUAAUUGAUAGUGUCAAAUCUAAAGUUCGUAAUUGGAUAUUAGGUUCUUCUUUACUAAUCAUAGAGGACCCAAACAGCCUCGGGUACCUAAAUUUUUCAUUGCUUUCAGCUUGCAAACAAGGGAAACAACAUCGACAAGGACAUCCAAUUGUAAUUGAUUCUAAAAUUGUUGAACAAUUGGAAGUUCUUCACAUUGAUCUUUGUGGACCAUCGACAGUUGAAACUCUCAACAAGAAAUGGUACAUUUUGUUAAAAUUUGAAGUUACUCAAGUCAUCAUUGAUUUUAUCAAGAAAAUCGAAACAAGUUUGAAGAGGAGAGUUCGAAAAAUCAACAGUGAUAAUGGUUCACAGUUUAAGAAUAAUGUUCUUGAUUCAUUUUUUACUAACAAAGGAAUUUCGCACAACUUUUCUUCACCUUACACACCUCAACAAAAUGGUGUUGUUGAAAGGUGUUUUAUCAUGAAUCUCAAGGGUAAUCUUUUGAAAUUUCAAUCCAAAGCUGAUGAAGGAAUUUUCUAG